AGGCGGAAGGCGCGCGGGAGGGGCCGCGGCCGCCGUGGGGCCUGGGGCGGGGGGCGGCGGCCGGGCCGGGCCGCGCUGCGCUGCUCCCCGCGGGGCCGCCGGGGGGGCGAUGACCGAGUACAAGCUGGUGGUGGUGGGGGCCGGUGGCGUCGGCAAGAGCGCGCUGACCAUCCAGCUCAUCCAGAACCACUUCGUGGACGAGUACGACCCCACCAUCGAGGACUCAUACAGAAAGCAGGUUGUUAUUGAUGGAGAGACGUGCUUGUUAGAUAUUCUGGACACUGCAGGACAGGAAGAAUAUAGUGCUAUGCGUGAUCAGUACAUGAGAACUGGGGAAGGAUUCCUCUGCGUGUUUGCCAUUAACAACAGUAAAUCAUUUGCUGAUAUUAACCUGUACAGAGAGCAAAUCAAGAGAGUGAAAGAUUCAGAUGAUGUGCCAAUGGUUCUGGUUGGGAAUAAGUGUGAUUUGCCCACAAGAACAGUAGACACAAAACAGGCUCAAGAAUUAGCAAAAAGCUAUGGAAUCCCCUUUAUAGAGACAUCAGCUAAAACAAGACAGGGUGUUGAAGAUGCUUUUUACACGCUGGUGAGAGAGAUCCGGCAGUACCGGAUGAAAAAGCUCAACAGCAGUGAAGAUGGGAAUCAAGGCUGCAUGGGAUUGUCCUGCAUUGUGAUGUGAUAAGAUGCCAGGAGUACAUGGUGCAGACGUAGCUGCUGGACAAGUCUCGAUGCUACUGUAUUGCGUCUCAUGCUGAUGCCCUGCAGUAUUUUGGUGCCAGUGACCAGAAUCUUGGUACCAGUUAAUUAGCACAGGGUCCUUUUCUGUGCUCCAUCUGAAGAAAACAUCUCUGGUGUCUACCUCCUUGCUCAGCUAACAGAGCAGUCACAUCUCUUGGUGUACUGGGAUUCUUUUCUCACUGUGUUGUCUGGGCUUGUUCAAGAAGAAAACCAGUCACAAGAAAAGUGAAUUACAGAGACUAAAUGCUGUGAAAAAGAUCUCACUUUACCUCUAGGGUAAAAGCUAGAAGUAGUGUUUGUUCCCUUUGUAUCAGAUACAGAUUUGCAGUGUUGUCAGAGGAGUGGCAGAAAUGGUUUUGCCACCUUUGAAGCUCCUGUCACUUAUCAGAUUGGUAUCUGCUGUCUGUGCACCCACACAGCAUAUUUGCAACAUCUGCAUUGUACCAGGAGUACCACUUAACUGGUCAACUGAUCUUUUAUUUUUCUGUAAUAAAAAGGAGAUACCUUUGCUAAUUUAAGUGCCUGUUUGCUGAGAAGAUCUGGAGUUGUAACCUGUUCCCUUGGGCUGAGGAAAGUCACAAGGACUGGAAUAUCUUAGCUUGUUGUCUUAAGUAGGCAAGUCUUGUGUGGAGGAUCUGUUUGCAUGGUAGAUUACUAAAACAGGAAUUUGUAGGCUGAAAGAUUCAGCAGGUGCUUGUAAAACCCUUGAACUAGGGAGGGGAGCAUACUGCAUCAAUUUUUGAUCCAUCAAAAUGGAUCUAUCCACCUCUUUUUAGGUGGAACUGUGCAUAUUCUGUAUUGGUUUUCUAGAGCAUUUGGAUCUUCCUUUUCCAGGUUGGACCAAAUUAGUCAGCUGUUCACUUUAACAUUAACUGCCAAUAUUUAUGGACAGAUAGUUAAUCUAAUAACUGGAGGUUAGUGUGGGCAGUUGUUACUCAGCUCUAUCUGUAACUUGCAAAUUAUUUUAUUCCGAAUUAUUUUCUUACCGCUGGACCAUAAAUGUAGUCUCCUCCAAAUGGCUCUGUAAAAUGUAGGUGGAGAGCCUCCUUGUCUUAGAAGGAGUCUGGGAUUUGAAGUUGACUGGAAUUGGUGCAGUGGUUGUCGCGGAUGUCCAGGCUGAGGGGAGAAAGCAACGAGCUGUAACAAGAAAGCUGAGCUAACUUCUGAUUGCAGCAUCCUUGCAAAAUGAGGAAGGGAUUCAGUGAUGUCUACACAGAAGGUGCAUGAUAUACUGAUGGGAAUUCUGGGUUUGUUGUAACAGCCUCAAAGUACCACAGAACUGCUGCAUACACUGUGUGAUUUCUUCCUAGAACACAACAUUGUCACUUUAUGUAAAUGGGAUGUACAAAUAUGGUCCCUGUUGUGAAGCCUACUAGCGUUCCUUGGAAUACCACGUCCUUCCUUAGUUCUUGUGCUACUGAUUCUGGAUUAUGUUGUGUGUGAUCAGACAGCAUUUCUCAUGGCAAAGUUGAAUACCCAAUUACUACUGUCUGAUGGAAGAGUAAUGAGUCCUCAGCCUACAGAGGGAGUAUUCAGUCUGCAGAGCUAGCGUGAGUGUAGAACUGCAAGAGGCUUAAUUUCAGUUUGUUGGUGUCAGAUUCCUACAUCUUCAUUUGAAGUUGAAAAUUCCAAAUUGAAAUCAGUAAAUAGAGAAAAAACUUAAAUACUUUUUCAUCCACUAAUUACAUUGUUAAUUUUCUUCUUGGAAUGCAGAGGAUCAGUCUGUAUCAUGUUUUCUUUAUCCUUGAUACUCCAGAUAAGUUUUUUAGCAAUUUAUUUUAUUCUUGACAGAUGUGACACUGAUGAGAAUUUAAAAUACAUUAUUUUUACAUGAUUUUCCAGUGACAUACUCAGUAGAGGGUAGCAUUAUGGAUAACACUGGCUGUGACUUGAGUUCAUUUGAAGGUGAUAUCAUGCUUGCAAGUUAAACGUGACAGAAUCAUGAUCAUUGUGAGCUGUCUGUAAUCACCAAGCAGUUUUGUUGUUUUUGGUGUUCUUUUGGUGUUCUGUUUUUUUUUUUUUUUUCUUGGUGCAAGUUGUUUGUGAAAGCAUUCUUUGAGCCCUGAAGCAGGAGCUGACUGUCCCUGGAGUUCUGUGACAUACUGUUUGCCCACUUAAAAUUACAGAAAAAGAUAGCUUUGGGGAUACACCUCUGGUUGCACAGAUUCAGCAUUUUGGAAAGACAGCAGUGCGGAGCUUGUGCUGUGUUGAAUGGUGAGUUUAUGGUAGGUCCAUUAUGCUUUUGCACUACUUGGAAAAAUUUGGAGCUGCUUCUCUGGCAGGCUUGACUGCAUAGUUCAGAGCAUGGCUGCCUGCUGCCAUGGGAAGUGUUUUGCAAGUGGCAGCUGGUGUUUGAAGGCUGUGUAGUCAGGUGUGAAAAUUAAGCACUCCUUUUGAUAUGGAUUCAUCAUAAUAACUUCUACAUUGUUUGGCAUGUUCUGCUUGUCAUUAGAAGUGUGCUACCUGGAACUUCAGAAGUUGUAAAUUCUCAAAAUCAUACGGGAGCUGGCAAUUGAAUCUACUUUCUCUUAGGUGUUCUCUUUCUCUUGGGCUGUAUAAAAUUUUUAAAAGGGAAGGAGGCCUGUAAAGCAAGUACUUGGUCAGCAAAUAUUUUACUGUUGGAACCACAGAGGGAUCACGCAUAAGCUUUCAGGAUGCUGUAGAGCUAACUUACAUGGGUGGUACUCCAAUCUAUGAUACUUUUGGUUCAAAUCUAGCAAGUGGUUUUACAAAAUCCGGUUUUGUACCAGUCAUGAGCACGAAGUAAAUGACUGUACUUGGUUUCCAGCCGUGUAUAUAUACACAUAUGUAUGAGUUGUUGCAGUCAGUGAAAGUCCCUGGCACCACGCAGUGGUAUGCAUCACAUGGUGCGUUAGGGCAAAAGUCAAGUCUGAGGAGCCAUCUUCUCAUGCGUUUGGGUCUGGGAGUCAGUAUUUUUAAACAGAACAGCUGAAACACUUCCUGAAGCUCUGGGACGAGGCAAUGUAAAGUGCUACCUUUAGUUUCGCCAGAUAGAUGAAUGCAAACAUUCAGUGUAAGGUUCUUAUGUCUAGCACAGCCUACUGCUAUAUUUUUAAAUUUUUUUAAAAAUGGGAAAAGUUCUGGUUCAAAGAUGACCAAUGCAACCAAUUGUAAAAAAAAUAAAAUAAAAUAAUAAUAAUUAAAAAAAUGUUUACUUAAACAUUUACUUAAACAAAAUGUUUAUUUAAAAUAAUUGUUACUGUUGACUGAGAACAGCCAUUUAACAAGACAGUGCAACGCCGUGGCUGGUUGAUGUUAGUGCCCUGCUCUGUGGUUGUAUUCAAAAAGCAUUGCUCAGAUUUUGCUUUCAUUCAGAAACACUUUGGAUGGUAACCGUGAUGCUGAAGGAGACAUGUUUUUUAGCACAGUUAAGUGAUUUAGAAAUAAUUGGAUUUCAAGCAACUUCAGGCCUGUGUGGGGAGGGAGAUUGAACAAGGUUUCUAUCGUGUUCUAAUCCUGUACGUAGUCCUUCGUUAGUGACUGUGUGCAGCCUCCGGGACGGCUGGACACUGGUGGGAUGUGGACUUUUUUCUUUUUUUUUUUUUUGAAUCUAAGGGCUAAUUUGUUGUUACCUUGUAUAAUUACCUGCUUUCAGUAAUGCAUCUCUGUUGGUUUGGAGUAAAUUAUUUUGCUUCUUAAAUAACUUUUUUAAAGAAUAAACUUUGUGAAUUC